UGGGGGCGGGGCCGUGGCUCGCGGCGCCCAUAGGUUGGCUGUCCGGUUGUGGAGCCGCUCUUUCGCUCUCGGCAGACCCUUGAGCGAAGGCAUGGAGGUGGGUUAGCGGCAGACGUGAGGCCAAGCUGGAGAUGUUCUUUCUGGGCCAGAGUCGGGGUACAUGUGAAUGCAAAUCCUCACCCAUUCACAAAUAAACCCAGGAAUCUCCACUGAGAAGAUCACUUCUCUGUAAGCUGUUAGCCCAGUAUUUGUCGUGUUUUCGGAUACAGGUACAGAAUGAGCACAUGUUGUUGGUGUACGCCAGGUGGUAUUUCCACCAUUGACUUCCUAAGGCUCUAUGCAUCCAGGACCCAGCCCAGUGAAUUUCAAACAGCUGAUGAAGACCUCUGCUACUGCUUGGAGUGUGUGGUUCAGUACCACAAAGCAAGGGAGGAGGUGCCGCUCUUGCAUGAGGUUUUAUGGGAAUUAGAAACCUCACGUCUCAUAAAUCACUUUGAAAAAUCCAUGAGGGCAGAAAUUGAAGAUGACGACGAAUUAUACAUCGUAGACAUCAAUGGAGAGAUGCAGCUGUUUGACUUUACCGGCCCAGACUUUGAAAAUAAACUUCGAGUUCCUCUGUUUGAAAUACUGAAAUAUCCUUAUCUGCUUUUACAUGAGCGUGUUAACGAGCUGUGUGUGGAGGCCCUUUGUCGGAUGGAACAGGCCAAUUGCUCCUUCCAGGUGUUUGAGAAACAUCCCGGGGUCUAUUUAUUUCUGGUCCAUCCCAAUGAAAUGGUUCGGCGUUGGGCUAUCCUGACUGCAAAAGGGUUGGGAAAAGUGGACAGAGAUGAUUAUUAUGACUUACAGGAGGUUUUGACUUGCCUUUUUAAAGUCAUUGAGUUGGGACUUUUAGAAAGUCCAGACAUUUAUACUUCUUCUGUCCUUGAGAAAGGUAAACUGAUUCUUCUGCCAUCACACAUGUACGAUACUACGAACUACAAAAACUAUUGGUUAGGUAUUUGCAUGUUGCUUACCAUUCUUGAAGAGCAAGCCAUGGAUUCACUGUUGUUGGGCUCAAACAAAGAGAAUGAUUUUAUGCAGUCCAUCCUUCACACCAUGGAGAAGCAGUCAGAUGAUGAUAGUGGGGAUCCUUUCUGGCCAGCAUUACACUGUUUCAUGGUGAUUCUGGAUCGCCUUGGAUCUAAGGUCUGGGGUCAACUUAUUGAUCCUAUUGAGGCAUUUCAAACCAUUAUCAACAACGUGAGCUACAAUAGAGAGAUCCAGAAUAUACGGAAGAGCUCUGUAAGGGCCAAGGCAGAACCGGAGUCCUAUCUGGAUGAUAUGGUGUCUUGCAGCCAGAUUGUAUACAAUUAUAAUCCUGAAAAGACCAAAAAGGAUUCAGGAUGGAGAUCUGCCAUUUGCCCAGACUAUUGUCCUAACAUGUAUGAAGAAAUGGAAACAUUAGCCAGUGUGCUUCAGUCAGAUAUUGGUCAAGACAUGCGUGUUCAUAACAGCACGUUUCUGUGGUUCAUCCCUUUCGUGCAGUCCCUCAUGGACCUUAAGGAUUUGGGUGUGGCUUACAUAGUAGAGGUCAUCCAUCAUCUGCAUUCCGAGGUCAAAGACGUUCUCAACCAGACAGUGGUCGUGUGUGACAAAGUCACCGAAUUCUUUUUUCUAAUUUUAGUGUCAGUGAUUGAACUCCACAGAAAUAAAAAAUGUUUGCAUUUGCUGUGGGUUAGCUCCCAGAAGUGGGUGGAAGCUGUGGUUAAAUGCGCCAAGCUUCCGACCAGCGCGUUUGCACGGAGCUCUGAGAAGUCGUCCAGCAGUGUCUCCAAAGGAACACCGAUAGUGUCCUCUGUGUCGCACUCGAUGCCAUCGAACUCUGUACAGCUUGCCUGUGUGCAGCUGAUUCGAAGUCUCCUUAAAGAAGGUUAUCAACUGGGGCAGCAGACUCUGUGUAAGCGAUUCUGGGAUAAGCUCAACUUAUUCCUGCGAGGAAAUUUAUCUCUAGGUUGGCAGCUGACUAGUCAGGAAACCCAAGAGUUACAAACUUGUUUAAAGCAAAUUAUUAGAAACAUAAAAUUAAAAGUUCCGCAGUAUAACACUUUUGUGGACCUGACUCUGUGUAAACCUGCUCCUGCAUGCUGUUAUAAAGAAAAUGGACAAAUAGGGAAGAAGUGUAAAAACGAGUACUGCCUGGAAAGUUCUAACCCAGCAUUUUCUAAGGAACCAAUGAAAGCUGAUGAAUCUCAAGUGCAAGAGAGUGUGUUGAGCAAAGCAAGUAACACUGGAAAAGAAAAUAAUGAGCAAAAUUCUAUAAAAAAUUUGAAGCUAGAGGACCAUUACUCAGCUGGGUCAUGCUUAAAGCAGAGUAGUAAAAACCUUUUCGCUGAAGGACCUGAAGAUCAAGUUACAAGACAUACAGGGAAGCAGAAGCCUGUAAACAACAAUUCCUCAUAUACACCGCAGAACUGUACUUUAAGAAAUGAUCCAGAAAGGGGAUUUGACAGAGGAAGAGGAGGAAUAAUGUCACCAUGUUUGUUGACUGAUUCUAGCACUGAUUCUUUGGAAAAGGUGUCCACAUCAAAUGAGGAUUUCUCUUUAAGGAAUGAUAUUCUUGGCAAAACCUCAAAAGCAAAAACUAAGGCCCAGAAAGAUGAAAUCUGUGCUAAGUUAUCACAUGUAAUAAAGAAGCAACACAGGAAAAGUACUUCGGUUGAUGAUACUAUGACAUCAGAGGGAAACCUAACUGGAUCUAACAUGGAGAACUUGUAUUCCAGGAAAGCUACAGGCUGUCAGAAAGGGGAUCGCUUCCUCCAUAAUCUCUCUUUAGACCAGAACAGUAUUCUGGAUAAUAAAAAUGGAGAACAAAAAUCUCAUAAUAGUUUAUUGCUGAAAAAGAAACAAUUGAAGAAUGAAGAGUUAGAUGUUUUCUCUUCCCAUGAAAAUGUUUGUCAAAUACAGGAAUGUCAUACUGAUAAAGAUUUGGUCUCAUUUACAGAAAUGACCAAUACUUUCAUGCAUAAAACAUCUUCCUUUAAAGACCCUGUGACUGUACUUGAAUCAAGAGAUAAGGAAAUUAGUAAGAGUACUGACCGGGUUUCUUCUAAGCUGAGAGAGCAGGCUCCUAGCAAUAGUCCCAAGUCGGAUACCUUAACAGAGUCUCAGGUAGACAGAGACCUCCACAAAUUAUCUUUAGUAGCUCAAGCCAGUGUUAGUAAGUUUCCAUCAAAUUCAGCUCAAAAAAGCUCAUCCCUGCUACAAAGAAAAGUAAAAGACAAAAGAAGUUUCACAGCCAACCGAAAUAAUGUGGGAGAAACCUGCCGUGGACAAAUUAUUAUUAUUUCAGAUUCUGAUGAUGAUGAAGAAGAAAGAAUUUUUGAUUUUGAGAAACACAUUAUUAAACAAGAUAAAAUGUGCAUUGAGAAAGACUGUCCACAGCAGCAUACUUCAAUAGCUAAUAUGAAUGUGGAAAGGAAACUAAUAAAGAAAGAAAAGACAAAUUCCCCUUUGCCGUUUGAGGAAUGUGAUUCUCAGGUUUUUGAGUUUGAAAGCCAACAGGAUGUAUUUUCAGUGUGGCAGGAUCAGAAACCAGACAAGAAGACUUCAGUUCAAGGGGAUAAAAAAAACUCAUGUUUGACCGAUAUGGCUGAUAUCACAAAUGAUUGGGGCUAUGAUACAGAUUAUCCUAUGUCAGAAGAAGUUACUGCAAAAGGAGCAGAGGACAUUGAAGAACGUGCAGGGCCACAAAGCAUUCGGAUGUCUGUUGAGGGAUUUUAUGGAAUUGAAGUAAAAAAGCCUAAGCGAAAAGAAUUUGAAAAACCUAAGAAUGAGGCUUUUCCUUUAAGGCCUUCAUCUUCUGAUAGAAAUGAGGACCAGUCUGAUAAUGAGAGAGAGCUGACUGAAAAUGAUUUUCAAGGUAUAGACUUAAGGACUACAACUCCUUGUUCAAGUAUUCAGAGAACCACCACAGUUCCCCUAACGAAGUCUUCUCCAAAGGGUCACACUUACUCCAAAGCCAUCAGGAAAGUUACAGUUUCUAAAACUUCUAAGAAAACACAUUCAGAUACCAAAAAAGGCCACAAUAAAAGUUCAAAUUACUUAAGUUGUAGGACAACUCCUGCUGUAGUGCCACCAAAGAAGUUUCGCCAGUGUCCUGAACCAACUUCCAGACCUGAAAAACUUGGUCUGAAAAAGGGCCCUCGUAAGGCAUUUGAGUUGUCUCAGCGAUCUUUAGAGUGUAUAGUUCAAUUACGUAACCAUGGCAAAACUGUUGGAGUAGUUGAUACCCGAAAAAAGACUAAACUAAUUCCUCCUCAGACUUUUCCUGUCAAAAAUAAACUGCUUAAGAGUCAAGAUUUUCAGCUGCAGAGGCAGUUGAGACCCAUAUCACACCAAAAUAGACAAGGACUUUCUGAUGAGAGCAGGGUUACUACUGCAAGGCCUCGUGCAGCGCCGAGUGCUGACAUGUUUGUGCCCGAGUCAGACAGGUCAGGUUAUAGUAGUAAAGGAGGAACUGAGGUCAUCACUAACAGAAAUGGAAAACAGUUACCAAAACGCGUGUCUUUCGAACAGGAAUCCAUGAAAGCAAAUUACGUGGCUCAGGUGACUGGCAGUCCUUGCCUUUUGAACAAGCGUAAUUCUGUGGUGCUAAAUGGAAGAACACCAACAAAUGAAAUAACUCGCUCUACUUCAGAAGACCCUUCAGGGGGAGGUGACGUAACCGUCCAUUUAGAGAUGGCAGCUUUGCAAAAGGGAGAGCCUGAGCCCUGCAGUGACAUGGAGGAAGAUAAUAUAUUUUUAACACAGUGUGACCCUGAAGACAUGGACUUGUGUUCACAAAUGCAGAAUGAUAAUGAUAAACUCAUCGAAGUAGUUCAUGGACAAGAGACAGUUCAGGUAGAAGAUUCUCUCAUUCGGCCCCAGUUGGCGUCUUUGAGUGGCGCAAAAUGUAAGUACAAAGAUUGUGUUGAAACUAUGAAAAGCCAGGGUGAGUACUGCCUGAAACACUCGGAAGUGAAAGUAGGCGAUGAAGAGGUAUUUCGUAAACCCGCCUUGCCUCUGUCUGCAUCUAAACCGUUGAAACCUUCCACGACUAAGAUUUUUAGCUCAAGUUCCACUUCACGGAUUGCUAAUUUUUCCAGGUCUUUGGAAAAUGCCCCAGCACUUGUCCCAGCUAUAAGAAAUAAGGCCAAUGGGGUCCAGUCCAAUUUGAAAGUGCCACUGCCAGCCUGUGUGGUGUCUCAGAAGCCAGUGGCUGAAGUGAAGAGUCUGUGCAACAUUCUUCACUAUCCAACUCCGAACAACUCCAGCAGGCACGGUUACAAACUCCCGCUGGGUGAGAGCAAACCUUUCUCUGCUUCUCAGGUCAACAUUCUCUUGUCGUCACAGUCCAUCUCUGACACUUUCAUUAAAGAGGUCUUAAAAUGGAAAUACGAAAUGUUCGUGAACUUUGAUCAAUGUGGGCCCCCAGCAGUCCUUUGUCAGUCCGUCUCAAGACGCGUGCCUGUCCGAUUUGAAGAUUAUGGAGAUUAUUUUGAUGUGUUUUUCCCUUUGAUGAUAUUGAAUACUUUUGAAACCGUGGCCCAGGAAUGGAUGAGCUCUCCAAAUAAAGAAAAAUUCCAUCAGCUGCAUUUACGAAAAUAUCCUGCAGAUUAUAAAAAAUAUUGGGAGUUUGUAGUUUAUCUUGACGAAUGUGAACUAGCUAAACAGCUUCAUCCAAAGGAGAAUGAUUUGGUGUUUUUGGUUCCUGAAAGACUGAGUGGAGAGAACGACAUGGAGAGAGACGCCCUGCAGAAGCCCCAGGCCUAUCACUGUGGUUACGUCCACAAGUUCCGCCGCACCUCAGUCAUGCGUAAUGGGGAGUCGGAGUGUUUCCUUUCCAUCCAGAGUCAAGAUAAUUUGCCAGUCAAGCUAAAUGAAUUUGUGAAAUGUAUUGUAAUCAGUUCUCUGGUGACUACACAAAGGAAGUUGAAAGCCAUGUCUUUGUUGAGUGGUCGGAACCAGCUGGCCAGAGCUAUCCUGAAUCCAGACCCCAUGGUCUUCUGUACAAAAGAUUUACUGACUACCACGUCGGAGAGAAUUAUUACCUACUUGAGAGAUUUCAAUGAAGACCAAAAGAAAGCGAUAGAAACUGCAUAUGCUAUGGUGAAACAAUCCCCGUCAGUUGCCAAGAUCUGUCUGAUUCAUGGACCACCUGGAACAGGAAAAUCGAAAACUAUUGUUGGCCUCCUCUACCGCCUCCUGACAGAGAACCCGAGGAAGGGGCAUUCCGAUGAAAACUCCAGCGCCAAAAUCAAACAAAACCGUGUCCUUGUGUGUGCACCUUCCAAUGCGGCUGUUGAUGAACUUAUGAAAAAAAUCAUCCUCGAAUUCAAAGAAAGAUGCAAAGACAAAAAGAAUCCUCGGGAAAAAGACUUACCUUCUCACAUUCAGGAGAUGCAUAGAAGAAAGGAAUACCUAGACCAUCAACUAGAUGAACUUUCCCGCCAGCGUGCUUUAUGCCGAAGAGGCAGGGAAAUACAGAGGCAAGAAUUAGAUGAAAAAAUUACCCAAGUUUCAAAAGAAAGGCAGGAACUUGCUUCUAAAAUUAAAGAGGUUCAAGGACGCCCACAGAAAACACAGAAUAUCAUCAUUUUAGAAUCCCAUGUCAUCUGCUGCACAUUGAGCACGAGUGGCGGUUUCCUGCUUGAGUCUGCUUUUCGGGCGCAAGGAGGUGUCCCCUUCAGUUGUGUCAUUGUCGAUGAGGCCGGCCAGUCUUGUGAAGUGGAAACUCUGACCCCACUCAUCCAUCGUUGCAACAAGCUUGUCCUGGUAGGAGACCCCAAACAGCUCCCUCCCACAGUCAUUUCUAUGAAGGCGCAGGAGUACGGCUAUGACCAGUCACUGAUGGCCCGCUUCUACAAGCUGCUGGAAGAGAACGUCGAGCACAGUGUGAGCGGCAGGCUGCCUGUGGUCCAGCUCAGCGUCCAGUACCGGAUGCACCCGGACAUCUGUCUCUUCCCUUCUACUUACAUUUAUAACAAAAAUCUGAAAACAAACAGGCUGACUGAGACCAGUCGGUGUUCAUCAGAUUGGGUGUUUCAACCCUACCUUGUGUUUGAUGUCGGAGACGGUUCAGAAAGACGGGAUAAUGACUCAUAUGUAAAUGUUCAAGAAAUAAAACUGGUAAUGGAGAUCAUUAAACUUAUUAAAGAAAAAAGGGAUGUUACUUCCCGAAAAAUUGGUAUCAUAACCCAUUACAAGGCCCAGAAGAUGAUGAUUCAGAAGGAGCUGGACAAAGAAUUUGAUGGAAAAGGGCCGGCAGAAGUAGAUACUGUGGAUGCAUUCCAGGGACGGCAGAAAGAUUGUGUCAUUGUUACGUGUGUCAGAGCAAAUUCCAUGCAAGGCUCAAUCGGAUUUCUGGCAAGUUUGCAGAGAUUGAAUGUCACCAUUACACGGGCCAAGUACAGCCUCUUCAUCCUCGGACAUCUGAGGACCCUGAUGGAAAAUCAGCAUUGGAAUCACCUGAUUCAGGAUGCCCAGAAGCGGGGCGCCAUUAUCAGGACCUGUGACAAAAACUAUAAACACGACGCCAUGAAGAUACUGAAGCUGAAGCCCGUGCUCCAGAGAAGCCUGACUCACCCGCCCACCACACACCCAGAGGUGCCCAGGUCCCCGGGCGGCCUGCCCAGCAACAAGCCAGACAUGGAGCUUGCCAAGGCAUCCUUCACUUCUUCCCUGUGCCACACUCCCUCGGACUCCAAGGAAGCUACCGAUUCUGCCGCUGCAAAGGACCCUGAAAGGCCUCCUGGUAGGGACCAGCUCCGGGACCCACGGCUGCUGAGGAGGCUGGGCCUGAACCCUGAAGCCACAGCGAGGUGUCUCAGGGAUCCACAGCCCUCGAGCCCCCAGCAUCCGGGAUCAACACCGCCCUCAGGAGAGCCAGGCUUCCCUGUGAGUCCCCAGGCGCUGGGCAGCCCCGUGGAGCCGUCUCCUGCCACAGGGAGCAGCCACAGGCCUCCCGGGCCGUGUGACCAUCCAGCUGUUAGCACAGGCGCCUCCACAGAUCCAAGAAAAUGUGACCAGGAAGGGGAGCACAGCCACAGAAGAGACACCAGGGCCCUCAGUGAAGGGGAUCGGGAGAGGUGGAGCCAGCCCCCCAAGAGGAACUCUAGCUGGGACAGCAGAGCCCCGGACAAGGAGGACAGCAGUAGUUCAAAGAAAAUAAAGUUUUUGUAGUACAGCCAGGUGAUGUGGACUGUCGGCCACAAGCAUGGUCGCAAAUGAAGGUGACGGGUUAAUAGGACUACCCAGAUAAGAUGAUUUUCUUCCUUAAAGGAGUUUGUGUGCUGUUGGAAAACGUGGGAAAUGUGUCCUAACCCCUCGGCCUGUUGGUCGUCUUCAGUAUUUUUUCCCCCUAAAUCAGUUGCAAACACUCUUGAGAGGACGCAGUGGCCUGGAGUCCCAGACGUGCGCUUGGUGAUCUCUGUUCUCCUGUGACAUUUAAGUCAGACCCAAGUGAAUGUUUAAAAGCUGAAGUGUAUAUUUGUAUAGCACAUAAUCCUUUUAAAAUGUAAUCUACUCAAUUGCUUUUCUUUCCUCUGCUUAAAAUGUUAAUCAUUUUCACCAGAACAAACUAUAUCUAAAAAGACAAAACCAGGAGGAAGACAGGUCCUUUUAGCCAAUGUUCCUGCGAGCCAGACCUCUUAACAGCCCAGUGGAUGCUGGCGGCUCAGGCGUCUCUGGUUCCAUUUAAGAAAACAAUGGGAGUGUCCUGGGGGAAAGUAGGAAGCAGUGAUGUUAGGUCAAGUUCUGCUGAUGCACUAACUUAGACCUUGGCAACGGGCUCGAUGCGCAUGUCCACCUAUCGUAGUAAGCAUGUAGCUCUCUAGCUACAAUUCUCAUUCUUGAAACAGAAGGCGGUGCAAUGAAAGAGUAGCUCUUGAAUUCUCAUUCACGUGCCCCCAGCAAACUGUAAGCUGCCUGUAACUGGCGGGUUACUGACAAGCCCAGUGGUUGCCCUGUGCCGGUGUACGAAGCCCCUCGGUUUGCCUGUGAAAGCCGGCCUUUGGGCAGGAGAUCCCAGCUCAUUCAUUAGUUUCAGGUAGAGCCUGGCAAUCUCCAUGUUCAACAUCUUCCCAAGGGAUUCUGGCUACCAGGCAGCCUGGGAACCACGAGGGCAGGCCGGACAUGGGAUUUUAUAAAGGCAGGAAAGAAACACCCUUUGAAAAGAGAAGGGCGAAUGUUCAGAGUUGAGCACCCGGGAGAGAGCUGACAGGCUCCCUGUGGUCACCAGAAGCCAUCUUCCCCGAUGGAAACACUGCUUUUCUCGAGGGGACUGUGCUUUUGUGAAAGGAGCAUGGCCAUGGGGAGCGGGGCUUCCAGACUGGGACGAGGGAGGCGCUGCCAUCUCAGAGUCCAGCUCUCCAAACGCGCACACGCACAUGUGAGUGGCAGUCGGCAGAACCAGCUCUGUGGCGAAGGCCAUGCAGCCGCUGAGCUACUUCGGGGGGGAAAGCAAACCCCAAAGGUGAACGUGCGCCAUUUGAAAUUUUCUUUGUCCUUGGCUUUUUAAACAAAAAGGGCUUGGUGUGAGUCCUAGGGAAGCAGGUUUGCAAGAGCUCAAAGGAAGCGCCUGGUUGCCAAAAGUUUCUACAUCCUACUUCUUCACUGCCCGUGUCCCUCUCACUGAUGCUGCGGGAGCACGUGUGUCACCCCUGUCAGUCAGAUGUGCGCCCAGUUGGUGGGUGGAGACUUGGUCCUUGGCCACGUUGUAUGAGGAAGUGCAGGGCUCAGCGGUCCCGGAGCUUCCUGCAUGUGCCUCCGGCAGGAAAGCUCAUGUUACUUUCAGUUUACUUUCCCACUCUUGGUAAAUGCUCAGUUUAGCAGAUACUUGGAGUGGUGACAGUGUAGUCUAAAAACUGUAAGCUUGUAAAGGAGGCGUGACAAAAGCAGUUGGGGCCAGGCCUUGCCCCCACUCCACUCAGGCAGCACCGGCCAGUCUGAUUUCCGGAUAAGUCUGAUGCCUGUUCUCGUUAUGUUCACCUUUUGGUUCAUCUGGUCCGAUUAUGCAAGAAUUAGGAGGAGGCUGCAGAACCCUUUCUCAGGGGCGAGCCUGCGUCCCUCAGCCCCUCCUAGCAGAGUUCAGGCAUACCUGACCUUGCAUUUGAAACUGUUUGUUAUUCUGGUUGGUAAAAGUAUUUGCAUAAAGCAUUGCAUACGUAAAUGUGGCCUUUCUCCAUGUGGCUGUCAUAGCAGUGUCAUUGAUUGGUAGUUAAUCCUGCUGCAAGGUGACAAGUGGCAGUUGGCUUUAUCUUUGCCAUGGCGCUGUAAGAAAGUGCCCUGUCUUUCAGUAUUCGUUCUUCCAACACGAAUACAUUUUUUUCUUUUUUCUUUUUUUUUUUUUUUUAGCCGAGCCAUCCUGCCACCUAUUGGCAGCUCAGC